GGGAAAAAUUGUCUCCAACCCUCGACUUUUCUGUUUGUUUAUUUCUCUAUGAAUAAACAAUUGCAUGGCCAUCUCUGAGUUUGGGAAAAAGGAAAACGCAACAGAAGAAUUAGCUAAUAGGAAUUUAGUACAUCUGCAGUUUUGUUUUUGGAGUGAAGGCAUUUUUCUUUUGGGAAUUUCUCGAGAUUUUUCUUUUUUCGGAAAUGUAUAAUGUAAAGCCAACUCAAGAAGGGAGUAACAGAAAGCGAAAUCUUCCUUCUUGGAUGAGUCCAAGAGACAAUGAGACUAAAUCUAGUGGAAAGAAGCCAACUAGCUCUGGUGAACAUGAGGAAACCAAACAACAUAAUAGCCCUUCCAAGGAAACCGUUGGUGGCAGAAAAUCUAAGGGUCCUGAUUCAAGUUCGACAAACUUUUCCAAACUUAUGGAUGGAGUAGUGUUUGUAUUGUCGGGGUUUGUUAAUCCAGAGCGCGCAACAUUGAGGUCCCAGGCUCUGGAAAUGGGAGCAGAGUAUCGACCGGACUGGAGUCCUGAGUGUACUCUCUUGGUUUGUGCGUAUUCCAAUACUCCUAAGUUUCGACAAGUUGAGGCUGAUAAUGGAACAAUUGUUAAAAAGGAAUGGAUAUUAGAAUGUUACAGCCAGAAGAAACUUGUCGAAAUUGAUAGUUACUUGAUGCAUGCUGGGAAACCAUGGCGGGCAAACAUUAAUAAUAUAACAGGCGGUUGUGAUCAAAAGCCAUGCUCACCUAGAAAAUCUGAGAAACAAGUUCAGAGAGGUUCACAUUCAAAAUCAUCUGGUUUUUCUUCCUCAAAGACCAGAGCAUCAAAUCCUGCUAAAGGGCACUUUUCCCCUUCUCAAGUGAAGGAAUGGGCUACUGAUGAUCUCAAUAGGACAAUCUCAUGGCUGGAGAGUCAAGAAGAAAAGCCAGAGCCAACUGAAAUAAAACAAAUAGCUGCUGGAGGGAUCAUCAUUUGCUUGCAAGAUGCUGUAGAUUCCCUUGAACAGGAUCAGGAUGUCCGGAAAAUAGUCGAGCAGUGGAAUAUUGUUCCUCAUGCUGUUGAGGAGCUGAUAAAGCUUGUAGAUGCUGGAAAUAGUGCAGCCUGUCUAUCGAAGGAAGAUCUCUGCAAACAGGCCAAGGCAUUUAAACAAAUAUAUGAGGCAGAGCUUAGCAAUGUUAAUGAUGAUUCUAAGCUGAAGACCAAAAGACUGAAGAAUGAUGAAAAUGAGAGCGGUGGCAAUGGGAGAUCCAAUGGAGCAGAUUAUGACAGUGACGAAACAGUUGAGAUGACAGAGGAAGAAAUUGACCUUGCUUACAAUAAUGUAGCCUCUAAGCUUGGAAAAUGAUACAUGUUCUCAUAUUAUCUCAAUCUCAGAAUGUUUGAUAUUCCUUUUUAGAAGAUCAAGAACAAUCAAAGAAAUAGCUUAUCAAAUUUAGAGUUUCUCCAUCUGUGUAUAGGCUUAGGGGGUAUGCUAAGUUACUGAUUGACCAAGAAAAAGGAGAGGGAAACGGAGGGGCUGGACUGUUGGUGAAAUUGAUGUAUUGACUAAGUAGGGAGUUCAACUCUUUUUUUUUUUCCCUGAGCCUUUUAGAUUAGUUAAUAUGCUGUUUCAGUAUUGGCAGUUCUAACAUAGAAUUGCUGCAUUGCUUGAUUUCCAUUUAUGAGCUAGUUGAAUUUUGACAGGUAUUUUAGUUAA